UGUGAGAUGCUUCCAUUAACUGGAAAAACAAUCAUCUUUGAUAACUUUCCUGAUCCUUCUGAUACAUGGGAAAUCAUUGAAACGAUCGGCAAAGGAACUUACGGGAAAGUUUUUAAAGUGUUAAAUAAGAAAAUGGCCAAAAAGCAGCAUAUGUGCCUCUUUGACAUGAUUCAUGACAUUGAUGAAGAGAUUGAAGCAGAGUAUAACAUCUUAAAAACGCUUUCUGACCACCCUAAUGUGGUCAGAUUCUACGGGAUGUACUUUAAGAAGGAUAAAAUAAGUGGAGAUAAGCUGUGGUUGGUUCUUGAGCUGUGCAAUGGAGGAUCGGUGACAGAUCUUGUGAAGGGUUUUCUGAAGAAGGGCAAAAGAAUGAGUGAGCCCAUAAUUGCCUAUAUUUUACGUGAAGCACUAUUGGGACUUCAGCAUUUGCAUAACAACAAAACUAUCCACCGAGAUGUAAAAGGAAAUAACAUUCUGUUGACCACUGAAGGUGGAGUUAAACUUGUAGAUUUUGGUGUGUCUGCACAACUCACCAGCACUUGGCACCGUAGGAAUACAUCCGUGGGAACACCAUUUUGGAUGGCUCCUGAGGUGAUUGCAUGUGAACAGCAAUUGGAUACCACUUAUGAUGCCAGGUGUGACACAUGGUCCCUGGGGAUCACAGCCAUCGAGCUAGGGGAUGGAGAUCCUCCACUGGCCGACCUGCAUCCUAUGAGAGCACUCUUCAAAAUACCAAGGAAUCCACCCCCCCAUCUAAGGCAGCCUGAGAUAUGGUCAGCAGAAUUCAAUGACUUCAUUAGCAAGUGCUUGACUAAAGAUUAUGAAAAGCGUCCAACAGUAUCAGAUCUUUUACAGCAUAAAUUCAUUACUCAAAUUGAGGGCCAAGAUAUGAUGUUGCAGAAGCAGCUGAUGGAAUUCAUUGAUAUUCAUCAAGGCAUGGGAGGCACAGAAAAAGCCAGACAUGAACGUAUUCACACCAAGAAAAGUAACUUCAGUAGAUCACUAAUAUCCACUCUGAAGGAUGUAGACGAUUUAGCAACCCUAGAAGUUUUGGAUGAGAAUACAGUCUCCGAGCAACUUGAGAAGUGUUAUUCCAGAGAUCAGAUUUACAUCUAUGUGGGAGAUAUACUCAUUGCUCUUAAUCCUUUUCAGAGUCUGUGUCUUUAUUCCACAGAGCAUUCUAAACUAUAUAUUGGAGCAAAGAGAACUGCCAAUCCUCCUCACAUUUUUGCAAUGGCUGACGUAGGAUACCAGUCCAUGAUAACAUAUAAUUCAGAUCAGUGCAUUGUUAUUUCUGGAGAAAGUGGUGCUGGAAAGACUGAAAGUGCUCAUCUUUUGGUUCGGCAGCUGACGGUGCUUGGAAAGGCUAAUAACAGAACUCUGCAAGAGAAGAUUUUACAAGUGAACAAUUUGGUGGAAGCCUUUGGCAAUGCCUCCACUAUUAUAAAUGACAAUUCCAGCCGAUUUGGAAAAUACUUAGAAAUGAAAUUUACCUCUUCUGGAGCUGUAGUGGGAGCACAGAUUUCUGAAUACCUUCUGGAGAAAUCCCGAGUUAUCCACCAACCUCUUGGAGAAAAAAAUUUUCAUAUUUUUUACUAUAUCUAUGCUGGAUUAGCUGAAAAGAAGAAACUAGCCCAUUACAAAUUGCCUGAAAAUAAGCCUCCCAGAUAUCUACAAAAUGACCACCUCAGAACAGUACAGGAUAUGAUGAAUAAUAGUUUCUAUAAAUCCCAAUAUGAAUUAAUUGAGCAAUGUUUCAAAGUCAUAGGUUUUACAAUGGAGCAACUUGGAAGUAUAUACAGUAUACUGGCUGCAAUCAUGAAUGUUGGAAACAUUGAAUUUUCUUCUGUGGCAACUGAACACCAGCUUGACAAGAGCCACAUUUCCAAUCAUGCAGCUCUGGAAAACUCUGCUUCUUUGCUUUGCAUUCAGGCAGAUGAACUAAAAGAGGCUCUUACCUCCCACUGUGUGGUCACUAGAGGAGAAACCAUUAUUCGACCCAAUACGGUCGAAAAAGCUACUGAUGUCAGAGAUGCUAUGGCCAAAACUUUAUACGGGCGUCUCUUUAGUUGGAUAGUCAAUCGCAUUAACAGCUUAUUGAAGCACGGCACAUCGCCAAGUGGGAACGGUGAUGAGCUGAGCAUUGGCAUUCUGGAUAUAUUUGGCUUUGAAAACUUCAAAAAAAAUUCCUUUGAGCAGCUGUGCAUUAACAUUGCAAAUGAACAAAUUCAGUAUUAUUUCAAUCAACACGUGUUCACAUGGGAACAGAAUGAAUACCUAAAUGAGGAUGUUAAUGCCAGAGUUAUUGAAUAUGAAGAUAACCGGCCCCUCCUAGAUAUGUUUCUGCAGAAGCCGAUGGGUCUACUGUCCCUACUUGAUGAAGAAAGUAGAUUUCCCAAGGCCACCGACCAGACUCUUAUAGAAAAAUUUGAAGGUAACCUGAAAUCACAGUACUUCUGGAGGCCCAAAAGAAUGGAACUUAGUUUUGGAAUUCACCAUUAUGCGGGAAAGGUCCUCUAUAAUGCAGGGGUUCUUAGCUAAAAUAGAGACACUCUUCCAACAGAUAUUGUGCUGCUUUUGAGAUCAUCCGAAAACAGCGUAAUUCGGCAACUGGUCAGUCACCCUCUGACAAAAAACGGUAAUCUGCCACAUUCUAAAACUAAAAAUAUAAUAAACUAUCAAAUGAGGACCUCAGAAAAAACGAUCAACUUGACAAAGGGUGAAACUGGAGAAGCCACACGUCACGCCAUAGAGACAACCAACAUGAAAACACAAACAGUUGCAUCAUAUUUUAGAUAUUCUCUGAUGGAUUUGUUAUCUAAAAUGAUGGUGGGCCAACCUCAUUUUGUCCGGUGCAUCAAACCAAAUAAUGACCGUCAGGCAAGAAAAUACGACAGAGAGAAAGUUCUCCUACAGCUUCGCUACACAGGAAUUCUGGAAACAGCAAGAAUUCGAAGGCUGGGGUACUCACAUCGGAUACUUUUUGCUAACUUUAUAAAGCGGUACCAUGUUCUCUGCUACAAGUGGAAUGAAGAACCCCCAGUGAGCCCUGACACCUGUGCCACCAUUUUGGAAAAAGCUGGUCUGGAUAACUGGGCUCUUGGAAAAACAAAAGUGUUCCUUAAAUAUUAUCAUGUGGAACAGUUAAAUUUAAUGCGAAAGGAAGCCAUUGACAAGCUUAUUUUGAUUCAAGCCUGUGUCAGAGGAUUCUUGGAUUCAAGGAGGUACCAAAAAAUACAGGAGAAAAGAAAAGAGAGUGCUAUAAUAAUACAGUCAGCUGCAAGAGGACAUCUAGUCAGGAAACAAAGGAAAGAAAUUGUUAACACAAAAAACACAGCAGUAACAACUAUUCAGACUCAUGAUCAGCAAUUUGACUACAAGAAAAACUUUGAAAAUAAAAGGGAAUCUUUUGUGAAGAAACAGACAGAAAAUGUGGUCCCUACUAACGAAACAGUCAUUCCAGCUCCAAAUAAUAAAGGAAGUACAUCUGCAGUGAAGACUUCUACUUUCAGAGUUGAAGGGGAAGCCAUGAUUGCUGUUGAAAGUAACAACAGAGGACAUCAAACUCAGAAAAAAAUGAAUAACAUGUAUGGAGAAGAGGCUAAGCAGGAAGUGUAUCUGGUGGGGGACCCUUGGACAGAAGGACAGCCUAAGAAGAAAUACGCGAAAGACCUGGAAGAGAAUAGUAAGGUAAGGAGAGUGGAGGAGAACACUGUGCUCCAGAAUUACUACCAAAGGUAUGCAGAGGAAAGGAAUUUUGAAGAAUCAAAAGUAGCAUAUCUAGAAAGGAAGGCCAUCUCGGAAAGGCCAAGCUACCCAGGACUCUGGGUGGUGGAGAAUGAGACAAAGCAACCUUCUUUAACAAAAAGUUUGGAACCCAGUCUUAGCCAAAGGUCGGUUCAUCAAAAUGGAGAUAGCAAGGAAAAAGAAAAGAAGACAUCUGUAGUUACCCAGAAUGCACCAGUGUGCAGCCAUCAGAGAAGCCAUUUGACGCCUGGGUCGGUCAGAGAGAGGCCAGCCCAAGCCAGCAUGCACGCCCAGGAGGAAGAUAGAGCAGCAGUGUUCAUUCAGAGCAAAUACCGGGGCUACAAGAGAAAGCAGCAAUUACAGAAGGACAGGAUGUCUUCUUUUCAAAGUCAAAAGGUUGUUUCAAAACCAACAGAAGUAGCAACAAAUACCCAUGAUUUGUACUCCUAUCCCACAAAACAUGAGGAAUCCUGUAAUAUCAGGACAAAGAAUGAUAGAGACUCAAAGGCAGUUUUAGAGAACGAAGCAUGUGAUUUGGCAAUCUUUUCAAAACAGAUAUCAAAGUUAUCUGAAGAAUAUUUCAUUCUGCAGAAAAAACUGAAUGAAAUGAUUUUGUCACAGCAACUGAAGCCUCUUUAUCUGGGUGUCUAUCCUCAUAAGCCAAUUAAUAGACGAGUUUCUUCUCAGCAGUGCCUCUCAGGUAUCUCUAAAGAAGAAGAGCCAAAAAUAUUGAGGCCCCCAAGACGGCCCCGGAAACCCAAAACAUUAAAUAACCCUGAGGACUCCACAUACUAUUAUCUACUACAUAAGUCAAUCCAAGAAGAAAAACGAAGACCAAGGAAAGAUAGUCAGGGGAAAUUAUUAGAUUUGGAAGAUUUCUAUUAUAAGGAAUUUUUGCCUAGUCGUUCUGGACCAAAGGAACAUAACCCUAGCUUAAGAGAACGAAGACAAGAGAGAGAACACCAGCAUCGAUGUUUUAAUGCUGAUGAAAGGUGCUGGGCGGAAGAGAACCAGGGGCUGGAGGAAAAUGGGCCCGCAACCAAUCCCUACGACUACAGGAGGCUCCUGCGCAAGACCUCCCAGCGGCAGCGCCUCGUGCAGCAGGUGUAGCCCGGCUGGUGGAGGCCACCGCGGUGGGAAUGUGCGCGAGACUGCGGGGUUGCAGGAGCCAAAGCCCGGGCGCUGGCACGACCAGGCGCUGAUGCCCCGGCCCUGACCAUGGCAGGGGCUGCCCGCUGCGCUCGCCUCUCGAGUGUCAGGGCCAGCCUCACCGAAGGAGGAGGAGAAGUGAGAGCCUUGGAUGCCGCGUCUCGGCACUCCAGCACCCUGCACUCCCACCAGCCCGCCAGCUGGGGCAUCCCUAUCCCUGGCCCCCAAUGUAUCUCUUUGUUCACUCAUUUGAGACUCCUGUGGACCCGACUGCGCCUGAGCUCUCGCCGAUCCCUCCUCUCUCAUUUUGGAAGACUUCAAAGAUUUCUUUUUCCUUGGAAACCGCUCUCCCAGGCCUGCGGGACACUGGAGGGGCGAGUAAAACAAAGCCCGGUGGGAGAAGAGGCGAGGGUGGGGGAAGCUUUGAAGAUGAACUCCUUCUCAAACUCGCGCUUUCCCUUCCCUUGGUUAUUGAGGUUAUUAAAUAAAGGAAGUGCC